AUGGUUAUUCUUUUCUUGCGCAGUCAGAUAUCUGUCCUUGCAAUACAAGAACACCGAGUUGUGCAUGAUGAAGAAGUCAAGAUAGAGAGGCACAAGAAGGGAGUCCACCUAAUAACAACUUCAGCAUGGAGAAACAGAGCACAAGCGUCUACAGGAGGAGUGGGAUUCCUGCUGACAAAACAAGCCUUUAAUGCAGUUAGUCUUAUCAAGACCUAUAGUAAGCGCUGCAUGCUUGUGUCGUUGGACGGAAACCCAAGAUUAACCAUAAUCUCUGUGUAUAUUCCAACGGAAUCCGCAACUGUCGAAGAAGCCGAAGCGUUUCACGACUGCUUGAGAGCAGCAGUAAGGGAGGUCCCCUCUCAUCAUCAAAUUCUUGUAAUAGGAGAUCUUAAUGCUCACCUCAGCAAGUUGAAUGGUGAAGAUACGGGAUGGUACUGGCAUCAAGUGACCAAUCGUAAUGGUCAUCUGCUCAGGGAUACACUGCUGGAGGGAGAGUUAGAGGCGACGAAUCAUCGUUUUCAGAAGAGUCCUGGUAAGCAGUGGACUCACCUCUCAGAUGGAGUACUAACUAGGAGCCAGAUUGACUAUGUCCUGUAUGGAAAGUUUAUUGAAGCAGUGAAGUAUGCAAAUAGGAAGCAUCUUCCGCAUAAACCUAAGAAGCGGUAUGACGAUCCUGCCAACGACCCACGAGUAGAGGAAGCCAGAAGCAAAUUGUUUGCUGCCAAGGAGACCUACCAUGAUCUGGAUCCUUGUGAAGACAACAGACAGACAGUUGCCGAGGAGAAAGACACUCUCUCUGCAUGCUACCGUACUGUGGAGGAAGAGCUGCUUAAACAGAAAAUAAGAAAAGCUGAAAACGCAGCCGAUAGAUGCAAGAACAAAGAGAGCUGGAAUCUUGUUAAUGAGGUCAGUGGGAGAAAGAAUAAGCCAUGUGGUCUUGUAGAAGGAGGUAGUAGAGAGGAUAGAUUGAGAGCCUGGAAAAACCACGUUACCAAGCUACUUGGACAACCUCCAGUAGUUCCAAACGAAGAAGUGGACAUACCAGUCGUACAUCCACCACAAAACAUCAGUGUGGAUAAGUUCACCAAGACCGAACUGGAGGAGGCUACGAAAUCGAUUAAAGAAGGUAAGGCAUUUGGAGAGGAUGGAGUUGCCCCUGAAGUACUGAAGAGGGUAGAUGUUGAUGAUUUGAUCCUUGACUUCUGCAAUAAAGCACUAGUUGAUGGCGAUGUUCCUGACCAAUGA